AUGGCCUCCCAACCCACGCCCACGCCCCAGGCCGCGAACCUCGACCGCUACGUCGUCAUCCAUGUAGCCACGACCUGCGACGAGCAUGGCGUCUACGUUACAAAGGACUCGGCAGAGGUCAUUGAGCUUGGCUGGAUUCUGCUCGAUGCAAAGUCGUGCGAAGAGCUGCAUCGCGAGUCUGUCCUGGUAAAGCCCGUCAACACACCAAUUACGGCCCUGUGCACCAGCUUGACAACCCUCACCUGGGACCAGGUCCGCAACGCCGGCUCCUUCCGCGACGCAAUCGAGCGCUUCAACAACUUCCACACCGAGCACAUUGCCCCCAAGAACCUCGAGUUUGCCUUUGUCACGCUCGACUCAUGGGACCUGCGUGUCCAGCUGCCGCGUGAGGCUAGGGACAAGGCCGUCGUUCUGCCCCCAUACCUUCAGCACUCGCGUACAUUUGAUCUGCGCACCGAAUACCAGCGCUGGCAGGCACACCACCCAGAGUCGUUGCCGUUUGGCUCUAGCGCCCUGACCAACAUUUGUGCGGCUCUAGAAGUGGAGCCUGUCCAGUCUUCGGCGCCCAUCAAGCACAACCUGCCCUUUCACCUCCAGGCUCUUGCCCCCGCCUCGCCGCGGCGGGCCAUGGAGGAGGCCGUUACACUUGCUCGAGUUCUGCGUGGCCUGAUCCGCAAGUCGCAACCGCCCCAGGACCACCCCGACGUCCUUACUAAGCCCAUGGAUGCUCGGGCUGACGUACGCGCCUUCUUGUCUGAGCGCAGCAAGGUCCUCCACAUGAGCGGUCUGCCCCACGACACUACUCAGUCUGAGCUGGAGAGCUGGUUCACUCAGUUUGGCGGUCGCCCAAUCGCUUUCUGGACUCUGCGUACGCCAGACCAACACAAGCCCACCGGCACUGGCUUUGCCAUUUUCUCUUCUCACGAAGAGGCUGCCGAGUCGCUCUGCAUGAAUGGCCGCGCCCUCAACGAAAAGGCCAUUGAGGUCUCGCCCUCGUCCACCCGUGUCCUCGAUCGUGCCUCAGACAUCAUCACACCAUUCCCUCCUAGCAAGAACCGCCCUCGCCCCGGUGACUGGAACUGCCCCUCUUGCGGCUUCUCCAACUUCCAGCGCCGCACAGCUUGCUUCCGAUGCUCUUUCCCCGCGAUGCAGCAGGGCCCGCCAGGCGGCGACCCCAUGGGCUACGGUGGUUACGGAUAUGGAGGCCACCCGGGCAUGAUGGGUCCCCCUCAGCACCACAUGGGCCACGGCCAUGGCCACGGAAUGGGUGGCGGACACAUGCGUGGAGGCACUGGUGUUGUCCCCUUCCGCGCUGGAGACUGGAAGUGCGGUGAGAACGGAUGUGGAUACCACAACUUUGCAAAGAACACUGCCUGCCUUCGCUGUGGCGCUAGCCGCGCUGGUGCCGCCGUUGUUGCCGACUCUGCAUUCCCCUCUCCUAUGGACACUCCCUCCGGUUUCGGUAUGGGCCCUCCUUCGAUGGGCGCCGCUCCUGGUGCGGGUCCCUAUGGCCCUGCUGGCUAUGGCGGUGGCGGUUUCCCAGCUCAGCAGUAUGGUGGACCUCCUAGCUCGUAUGCUCUGCCCUCGGGCAUGGGUGCGGCUAGCCCCUACCCUCCGAUGGGUGCUCAGUACGUGCCCAACGGCGGCAUGCACUCAACACCGUUUGACAGCCGCUCGGCCGAGGCUGCCUUUUCUUCUGCCGACGCGUAUCCUGCGCAGGGAGCUCCCAAUGGCGGGGGCGAUGGGCGCAACGACCCCUUUGCGUUCCUUUCAACCGGCUUUGGCUCUCUCUCGAUGAACGAUGACCGACGCAACGUGUCCAACCCCGCCAACAAGUCGCCGGCAUAA